AUGCUGGUGUUACAGAGAUGGUCAUCGGCGAGGGGUCCUGUCGCAAGGGGCGUGUACUGCGCCCUGCGUGCGUUCGAAGGCGGCAGUGGGCCCCCAAACCCCCGGGUCAUCCUCGAUGGCAAUCCCUGGACACCCGCCGGGGCCCUCUCCUCCACCGGGAUCUCCUUCCCGCGUCUCUCUCGGUCGUUUGCCGCAGCAGGGACUCAGGGAGUGCCCUACGACCAACUGGCUGUGGGCGUACCCAAGGAGUCCUUUGAGGGUGAGCGCCGUGUGGCGCUCACCCCGGCUGGGGUGGCUGCCCUAAAGAAGGCAGGCUUCAAGGAAGUCCUGGUGGAGUCUGGGGCAGGCGCUGCCGCCAACUUCUCCGAUGCCGACUACGAGGCGGCGGGUGCCGUCAUGGGCUCCACGGGCGACGCAUUUGGGAGGGACAUCGUGCUCAAGAUCAGGCCGCCGCACGAGGCGUCUGAGGUGCCACUGCUGCAGCAGGGGGCACGCCUCAUCUCCUUCCUGCACCCCGCGCAGAACAAGGGCCUGGUGGAUGCCCUGGCCCAGAAGCGCGUGUCUGCCCUCGCCAUGGACUGCAUCCCACGCACAAUCAGCCGUGCGCAGACCUUUGACGCUCUCUCCUCCAUGGCCAACAUCGCCGGAUACAGGGCGGUGAUCGAGGCCGCAAACCACUUUGGCCGCUUCUUCACGGGCCAGAUCACUGCUGCGGGGCGUGUUCCCCCCGCCAAGAUGCUCGUCAUCGGCGGCGGCGUGGCGGGGCUGUCUGCCAUCGGCACCGCCAAGAACAUGGGGGCAGUGGUCCGCGUCUUUGACACCCGCGCCGCCGUGGCGGAGCAGGCCAAGUCCCUGGGCGCCGAGUUCCUGACCGUGAACAUCGAGGAGAGCGGGGAGGGUGGCGGCGGCUACGCCAAGGAGAUGUCCAAGGAGUUCAUCGAGGCCGAGAUGAAGCUGUUUGCGGAGCAGGCCAAGGACGUGGACAUCAUCAUCACCACCGCACUCAUCCCAGGGAAGCGCGCCCCCGUGCUGAUCAAGAACCACAUGGUGGAGAGCAUGAAGCCCGGCUCCGUCACGGUGGAUCUGGCGGCUGAGCAGGGCGGCAACGUGGAGACCACCGUCCCCGGCAAGGUCGUCCAGGCCGGGGGGGUGACCUGCAUCGGGUACACCGACCUCCCCUCCCGCCUCCCCACCCAGUCCUCCACCCUCUUCUCCAACAACAUCUCCAAGUUCCUGCUGUCCAUGGGCCCCUUCACCGGCCACAAGGGCCAGUUCUGCAUCGACCACGCCGACGAAGCGAUGGUGGCCGGCUUCCACUCCCUGGUGGGCCUGGCCGCGGUGACCACCUCCAUCGCCAGCUACAUGGCCGCCGACCCGGCCCACUUGGACGCCGUGCACGCUGCCAGCACCUACUUUGGCACCUUCAUCGGCGCGGUGACCCUCACCGGCUCCGCCGUCGCCUUUGGCAAACUGCACGGCGUCCUGCCCUCCAAGCCGCUGGCGCUGCCGGGCAAGAACGCGCUCAACCUGGGCCUGCUGGCCGGCAACGCCGCGGCCGGCGCCGCCUUCCUGACCACAGGCGACCCGGGCGUGGCGCUGGCCGCCCUGGGCGCCACCACCGCCCUGGCCGGCGGCCUGGGCGCGCACAUGACCGCCUCCAUUGGCGGCGCCGACAUGCCCGUCGUCAUCACACUGCUCAACUCCUACUCCGGCUACGCGCUCUGCGCCGAGGGCUUCAUGCUGGGCAACGACCUGCUCACCACCGUCGGCGCGCUCAUCGGCUCCUCCGGCGCCAUCCUGUCCUACAUCAUGUGCCGCGCCAUGAAUCGCUCCCUGGCCAACGUCAUCCUGGGCGGGUACGCCACCGCCGCGGCCGGGCCCGCCGCCGAGGUGGGUGGGACGCACGCCGAGGUGGACGCGCACGGUGCUGCCGAGGUGCUGACGUCAGCGCGCAGCGUGCUGAUUGUGCCGGGGUAUGGCCUGGCUGUGGCGGGAGCGCAGUACGCCAUCGCCGACCUGGUCAAGCGCCUGCGCUCCAAGAACAUCGCCGUCAAGUUUGGAAUCCACCCGGUGGCCGGGCGCAUGCCGGGCCAGCUCAAUGUGCUCCUGGCCGAAGCUGGAGUGCCCUACGACAUUGUGGAGGAGAUGGACGAGGUCAACCCUCACAUGGAGGACUUUGACGUGGCGCUGGUCAUCGGGGCCAACGACACCAUCAACUCGGCCGCCAUCGAGGACCCCAACUCUGUCAUUGCAGGCAUGCCGGUCGUGGAGGUCUGGAAGGCCAAGCAGGUCAUCGUGCUCAAGCGUACCAUGGGCACAGGCUAUGCCGGCGCCGACAACCCCGUUUUCUACAAGCCCAACACCCAGAUGCUUCUGGGGGAUGCCAAGACCGUGUGCGACCAGCUCAACCAGAAGGUCACCGAGGCGCUGGGGCUCUCAGGCGAGGAGUGGUCGCCGCCCAUGGUGUGGCUGGGGGAGACUCUGCAGAAGCUGGGCUCUGCAGCUGUGAAGAUGGCGCAGAACACGAGCAGAAAUAACAAGUCUACCAUAUUUGAGGUGUCGUACCUGGGAUUGAGCCUGUUGGGGUCCUGGCUGAUCCUACGCUGGGCGCUCAAACAAAUGGACCCCACCAAGAAGAAUGUCGAGACGGCAAAACAGCGGAAGAAGGCGUUGUCCAAGCGCCUGGGUCGCCCGGUAAACACCGAUGGGCAGUACGAGGAUGUGAGUAAACGGGUGAUCGCCCAGGAGGUGGUCAACCCGGCUCACAUCAACAUCACCCUGCAGGAUGUGGGUGGCCUGGACCACAUCAUUGAGGACCUGCAACGCAACGUCAUCACGCCCAUGCGCCGGCCGGAGCUGUUCCGCACCAGCCUGCUGCGCCAGAAGCGCGGGGUCCUGCUCUACGGCCCCCCCGGCACGGGCAAGACGAUGCUGGCCAAGGCGCUUGCGUCGGAGUGCAACGCCUGCUUCAUCAACCUCAAGGCCAGCACGCUGCUGUCCAAGUGGUACGGCGACACCAACAAGCUCAUCGCGGCGGUAUGGUCGCUGGCGGCCAAGAUCGCGCCCACCAUCCUGUUCAUCGACGAGGUGGACUCGCUGCUGGGCCACCGCCGCGCGGUGGAGCACGAGGCCACCACGGCCAUGAAGACCGAGUUCAUGCAACUCUGGGACGGGUUUGAGUCGGCGUCGGACUCCAACAUCGUCGUCCUGGGCGCCACCAACAAGCGCGACGACCUGGACGACGCGGUGCUGCGCCGCUUCUCGCUGCAGUACGAGGUGCGCCUGCCGCAGCGCGCGCAGCGCGAGACCAUCCUGGGCCUGCUGCUGGCACGGCACGCGCGCGAGCUGGGCGCGCAGUACCUGGACCCCACGCUCAUGGCCGAGGUGGAGGGCCGGGCACGUGGCGCCGCCAACGGCACCGCGGCGCCGACGGGGGGCAGCGCGCUGCGCGCGCUGGCGGAGAGGACUGAGGGGUACAGCGGUUCGGACCUGACGGAGCUGUGCAGCAUGGCCGCUGCCAUCCCCUUCCACGACGCCGCGCCCACGCAAUCGUCGCCGGCACCCUUGUCGCUGCGGCACUUUGAGGCGGUGCUGGCGGCGUACACACCGCCCUCCCGCGCCGCGCAGGAGACGCAGGCGGCCAAGCGGCGGGGGGGGAGGGGGGUUGCGGACCUUCCGGCGCGGGAGGACUCCAUGCGCGUCCUGGCGGCCAUGUUCAACAGCAUGCUGGGCAGCCAGCAGCAGGAGAGCGAGGAGGAGGGCAGCGUAUAG